UUUCACCAUGGAAAGUCUUCAUCAUAGAUGGCAGUUGCUCCUUGUGGCGGUACUUUUCUGUCUGUGUAAUGUGGAAUCUAAACACAGCCAAGUGGAACGCAUUAUCAAUGGUGAAAAUGCAAGACCCAAACAAUUUCCUUAUCAAGUCUUUUAUGAUAUUGAAAUAAAUAAACACUGGAUAACGAUGUGUGGUGGAACUAUAAUCGGUAAGAGGACGAUUCUGACAGCCGCUCAUUGCUUGGAUGGGAGAUUUGGCGAUUUCGAAAGGAUAAAAAUUUACUUUGGAGCCGUGGAUAAAAGUAAAAGCACAGAAACUGGACAACAAAUUGUGAUCGUGGAAGCUGGCAGCUAUGUGAUUCAUGAAGACUGGAAUUUGGGCAAAAUGAGCAACGACAUUGCUUUAAUUAAACUACCAACUGAUCUGGAGUUCAACCAGUAUAUUCAACCAGCUAAAUUGCCAGAACCCAAUAGCCUUCAUGCAGACACAAAUGCUAUUGUCUCCGGUUGGGGCAAAGUAAAUGGUGGUUUUUUUCCUUCGCAUUUGCAAUAUAUGAACGUUUUAACUUUAUCAAAUAAGGAUUGUGAGUCCUUAAAAGAUUCAAAUAAAAAGUUUUAUUCACAUUGGCUAUGCACCGUAUCUAAUGUGAGUGGUGCAUGUUUUGGAGACUCUGGUAGUCCAUUAGCAGAAAGAAACCCUGAUGGCUCUAGCACUGUGAUUGGUAUCGCAUCGUUUGUAUCAUCAACUAGCUGCCCUGUUAAUUCCCUGAAUUUCUUUACUCGAGUUUCAUAUUUCCUCACCUGGAUUGCCCAAAAUACUAAUGAGUGAUAAAAAAACUUGACAAUAUUGAAUGUCUGAUAAAAUUGUAUACAAAAUAAAAGUGAGCAUAACCGUGAA